AGCAUCAAACUCUCCAGUUUACCUUGUCACUUCGACGUGCGAAGAGAGUACCUGCUUUUGUGAGCUAGAGACGUAUAAAAAAAACGUUUACAAGAAACGCUUUCUAACCCGAUUUUUCACAGCCUAAACGUGCAAGAAGGAUCGAUCAAAAAAGAUGGCAAACAUUCUCACAAGUACGCCACUACUCGACCAGAUCAAGAUGUUCGAAUAUCUGGGAACAUUACAGAUGAACCAGUUAAAUCCAGAGAUAAAUCAGUGGAAUCACCAGUACAGCUUGCUUCUCGCCAAUCAGCCAGGCGUGCCUCAAGCGACUCCCGCUCCUGGCUUCGAACACCGUCUCCUAAUGGCUGCGGCUCAGGGCCAAUUGCUCGAACAGCAAAUUUCCGCUUCGACCAUGUCAGGAAAUGGAUACGAAGAAGACGAACUUGAUAUUUUCAAUGGCGAACCAAAUGAAGCCUCGUUCAAUCUCGAAUUGGCUAAAGCCGCCCUGAGAGAUAUUGAUCCCAACCAAAUGCCAGACCUGUCAGUCUUUGAAGAAGAUUUUCAAGACGAAGGAUAUAACCCCUCCCUUGAAGAAACAUACCAGCCACCUUCACCUCCAGUGCUCUUUAAGAUGGAGGCAAAAUCUCCUAGUCCCUGUGGAUCAGAGAGCAGUUACCCAUCAGCCAGUCCACCCCACAGCCCUAGCAUCAGUGAAGCUAGUUAUAACACUUACAGCACGGAUGAGGGAUUUGGGUCUGACGACCUGAGCGACCUUGAUGAAAUUCUGGAUAGAAUGAGCUCUUCAGGUUCCCCUGCAUCAACACACAGUGAACCGGAGAAACUUCCACCCGUUGGAAUCAAAGAAGAAGUACCUGAGAAGAAAAAGAGAAGUAAGCGGGGACCCAAGCCACCAGUCAAAUAUCGAGGUGAUGGCCCAAUUCAGCUGUGGCAGUUUCUUCUGGAGCUUAUCAUUGCAACAGAAACCUCACACCUGGUGAAGUGGACCCAAGAAGAGGACUACGAAUUUAAGAUCCUACAGCCUGCCAUUGUGGCUAAGAUGUGGGGGAAGAAAAAGAACAAGCCAACCAUGAACUAUGAGAAGCUGAGCCGUGGUCUCCGCUACUACUAUGGCAAGAACAUUAUCGAGAAGGUCCAUGGCAAGCGAUAUGUCUACCAGUUCAUGUGUGACAUCCCCAAGAUCCUUGGCUAUGACCCAAUGGUGAACAAAUGUGAGGACUUUCCAGAAGAUUCUGUCUGUGGAGAACCUGUGAUGUCUCCUGAAGUUGAAGAUCUGCUUCUGACCACCUCAGUCGAGGAAGGAAAGAUUGCUGGAUCUCUCGACUUCAGCCUGCUCAUCCAAUAGUUUUCCCUUUGUUUUUGUUGAUAACCCCAACGUGUAUUACUCCGGUAAUGUUUUUAGUAGCUUGUAUCAAGCGCACAAAGUGGUAGUAUAAGCCUCUUUUUUAUGAAUCGUAUCGAUUCACCCCCCCAACUACAAUUUUAGUGGCAAGUUAUACAAUUUUCUAUGAAGGUUUUCCUAAGUGAGGUUGUCUUUGUAGAGUUGUUUAAUGAACUAAUUAAGAUUUCAACACUUAUGCAUACUGUGUAUGUGGAGAAGAAUCCCAGUAAAUACGACAAGCAAGUUAAUAGAGGUUUUUUCAAGUUUUUCCGUACUUUGUUGUUAGAAACAGUCAAAGACAAAAAUAGUAGGAUAUCAAAAAUUAAAAAGAGUUAAAAAGCAGAUUGCCAAGUAAGAAUGAAGCCAUAUGUGUGGCUUCUGUUUAUAGCAAACUUUGGUAAUUAAUUGAAUGUACAGAAAAAGUAAUAUGACGUUUCAUUUUAUCAAAAAUUACUUAAGUUUUACCUGGUACAAAUGAGCCAAUAUGGCAUAAGACUUUACCACAAUAAGAAGUAGUUAAUUUGUAGGAGUUAAAAAGUGACGUUCAGCUUUUCUCGGAUAGAAUAUAAGUGUGCGUAUAGUUGCAUUUUGGUUUCAGGUUAAUCAUAUUGAUUAACUCCCCAAUUGUAUAAUCAGUAUCCCCUCAGCUACUGAGUAGCUUUCAUUUGUCUGUAAACCAAAUACAGUUGUAAGCAUUAAAGCUAAUACAAGGCCCAAAUAAAGUAAUAAGUUAAUGCAAAA